AACAUACCGCAGUUUGGUGUUUAGCAUCACCCGGGCAGGCAGGCAGCCGUCUUCAAGAAAAACUGUUGUGUGAAGAAUGCAGAAAACGGGGAUUAAUGCAUGCAUCCCGUGUUGAUCGGCGACCAUCGUUUAAGAAAGUAUAGCUUGGCCUGAAACAUGAAAGAUGAAGAAACUGAAGAAGACGAAGAAGAAUAGUAAGACGGAGAAGAACAAAAAUGUUUCAGCCACUGUUCAAAAAUUUCUGAAAACUUACGAACGGCAUUGUGCUCAGUCAUCCAGUGCAGUCUGCUCAAUGCUCGCACGUCACCUGCAGAAAUGUAUUGAAAAUGAAGAAAUACCCACAAAGUUGAUGCUUGCAAGGCUUGAGACGAGUACAGAUCCCCUGCUACCAGUCACUCUGAAACCAUUGCUAAUGACAGUCCGAGAUGAGCGCUACAUGUAUGGAAAGGAGCUGUGUGUCUGGCACGUUGCUCUUAGCAAUGAGGACAUGGCAAAUUUAGCAAUAAUUCUAGAACUCCGUGGACGGACAAAGUAUCCAUUUACUAAAGUUGAACUGUUGGAUUGUGGAAUCGAUACCUGGUCAAUUGAAAGGCUUGGGAAAUCUCUCAAUGUCAGUGUGCUGACUUGCAUUGUUCUGGAUUAUAAUGAAUUUGACGAUGGAGGCCUCAAAGGAUUGUGCCAUGGACUAAUGGGAAAUGGUCAGCUGUUAACACUAAGCUUAUGUUACUGUAACCUGGGACCGCAAAGUGGAUCAUACUUGGGAGAUCUGGUUGCCAAAACUGCCAUUAAAGAUUUGCUGCUGGAUGGCAACAAUUUGCAGUGUGAGGGAGCUGGUGAACUUGUCAAGUUUAUAGGCAAUUAUGCCGAACACAUGGUUAAGAGGAAAUCUGGACCAUCUUCCUAUAUUGAAGGGGAAGCGUCAAAACCCUUUUUGGAAGAGAACGCUGGACACAAUAUUCCCAUUGAUGGUGUGGAAAACAUGAGCAGUAGCGUUCCUGGAUUCAUGAAGAAAAAGAAAGGGAGGAAAAAAAAGGAACUUCCACAGAUAGGACCUUGGUUGUCCAAACUACACCUGGCAGAUAAUGGCAUAGAUGGAAGAGGAAAUGAAGGCAAAAUGGGUGCAAUGACAUUUGUUGAAAUGUUGUGCCAAUUGAUACAGUUUUCAGAUCAUUUGACGGAACUGCGUUUAGAUGGUAACUGCUUAGGUGAGCUGAGUGGCAAAAUGAUACUCGAUGCCUUAAGAGAAAGGAAAGAAGCAAAACUCCCUGAUUUGAAAAUUGAUGUUUCGGCCCAAAUGAAUGCAGAUACUUUCAGCAACAUUUUGAAGAAUGCCAAAAAGCACAAGAAAACUAAAAGGAAUAAGAAGAAGAAGAUGAAGAAGAGAUAAAAUGAAUCUUCCAGCAGCGAAUGGUCCAGUUGUGCACCAACAUUAACAGUCCAGUUUCCUGUUCAAUUUAUUGUCAAAGAACUCAGCCUCAAAGUUAUGGACACAAAUCUUAAUCUCCUCAGUUGAGCUUCAUGUUUCCAGAAAAUUCUUGUGCUCUUUUAAAAAAAGUUUGUGUUGGACAAGUUAACCACUAUUCUUAUCUAAAAAAUCUCUGAGGUCCGUUAGAUAUGUUUUGCAUUUCUUUUACCAAAGUUCAAUGUUGACUUGUUGCUGCAGAUAUUUGGACCAUCUAUUUGCAGGUGAAUUUGUGCCACCCAAGUAUCAGUCACUGAUCAAAUGCAAAAAAAGUGAGAAUCACGUCACUCGCCAAGGAUUGUAAUCAUUGUUGAAUGCCUGUGGUUCAUGCUUGGCCAGAGAUGUUAUUGAAACAGCUACAUGCAUAUUUUGUUUCAAGGAAUAGGCCAGAGAAUGUCAAGUGAUUCUUCAAUACUUUUCCAAUGUCCGCAAGGCAAAAGUCAAGGCUGUAUUUAAAUAUUCCCCACUUGCCUGGAUGAAUGCAUUUUAGAAGGUUAACACCAUCCAGUCCAAUGUGAUGCAUUUGUUGGCACCCACAUCCACCACUUCGAACAUUUGACUCCCUGCACCAGUAAUGUGUGCGCCACCUAUAAAAUGCUGUGCAAAAAUUCACCAACAUUUCUUCAAUAAAUCCACAUCUUCAACCAACUAGCAGGAUUAGGGCAUCUGUGUCAUUCAACGUCCUCCACUCCACACCACACCAUCCAAAUUACAUAUCAACCAGACUUGGAAAUUAUGUUAUAAUUUCUUCAUUGUCACUAAGUCCUGAACCAAUAACACUGUGGGAAUACCUUCACAUGCAGGCUGCAGCAAUUGAAGAAAGUGAGUCAGUAGUAUCUUCUUAGGGGCAACUCAGGACAACAAUCAAUACUAGACUAAGUGGGACCCGUUGGGU